AUGGAUAAGAUAUUAGCAGUGCUGAACUGCACUAAGAAGCAGAAGGUUCUUUUCGCCACCUUUAAGCUGACCAGAGAAGCUGAACGACAGUGGCAUGCAGUCUUUUAUGACCGAUAUUUUCCCGCCACCGCCAGGAAUGCGAAGGCGAAAAAAUUUUUCAACUUGACACAGAGGCAUCUCACUGUUCGGCAGUAUGCUACUAGGUUCGUGAAACUUUCCCUCUUUGCACCUUUUAUGGUUCCAGAUGAAUAUCAAAAGACAACAUGGUUUGAAAGGGUCUUAAAUCAGAGGAUUCAUGAGCAUAUGGCGUGUUUGAAAAUACAUGACUUCACAGAACUUGUGGGUAAAGCCACUGUUGUAGAGUCGAGUCUACAGAGAGGUGUAGAAGCAUUAGAACGAAGGAGGAGACCCGUGUCUCCCAGACCCUAA